GCAUUUUGCCCUACGCCCACGAACGACUGUCGACCGGCGAUUGCGUUUAGGACUAAACUAUUAUAAUGGCUCACCCGGUUGUGGUUGUUGAUGCUAAACUUGAUCUUCCUGGAGAGAUUAGACCACCGACCCAAGCAGGCGCCCAGCUCACAGCUUCCGGGACGUACUCCUAUGCUGUCGAUUUGCGGGCCAGCGCUACGAAGCCCACCAACGAGCAGUACUAUGCCGCACUGAGGUCGGCCGUUGUGUCUGCGAAGGAAGAUUUGGGAGAAAGGCUUACUGCAUGGAGGGACGCUGUUGGGGAUAGAGAGAAGGAGAAAGAAGGCGCCGUGGUUGGGAAGAAGGUGCCAAAGCCUGGAGAAGAGGAGGAGAUGGAGGACGAAGAGGAUGAAGAAGAGGAAGGGGAAGAGUGAGAGUGUAUGCAUGGUAUCACUGCACUCAUGAAGGUGCUGCCGUCCACAGUUCAAAACAACGAUACCCGAUUGUCUUUUUUCUGUCGUACCGUAUGGCAUAAUCGAACCUCGAAGCAAGGAAUCGCUCACAGUUCAGAACCAUCGCAUCGUACCACGCCGCCUCCCAAUUCCUACAAGUGGCACACACCUGACGCCUUUAGCUCUCUCGAACUGUUGAACAACGUCACUUCUCUUCUGUGCACUCCCGCAUCUGC